AACCAACACCCCUCUCCCUCCUCGUGGCUCUUUUCCGCUCCUUUUUCCCCGCCUCUUCUCCUCGUUAUUGCUCCACGCCCGUUGUCACCGGGGAUGAUCCAGGGCUCUCCUCUUUGCCUGGAGAGCAUAAAUACCACUGGGGAGCUCUGUGAGACUGCAGUUGGUCCGAGUUGCUGAGCCGAGACCUUGCACAUCUCGCACCUCCCGAGGCUUAUUCCAUCCUUCCCUCCUCCUCCUCUCUUCGAUAUUUCWGAUACAUUAAUUUAUUUCCCCACAAGCAGGCUUGGAGGAGCUGCAAUCACCUGGAGACUUGGAAGCACUCAGCAAGACCUGCCUUGAGCCACGGGAAUCCCUGCAAAGAACCCCAGCCCCAUCUCCAUCUCUGCUGCUGYUGCUGGCUGUGGAGGAGGCAGCAUGAGCCCUGCCCUGCCGUGGAUCGCUGCUCUGGGAUGUGUGCUGCUGCUCACACAGACAGCYGAGUGCUUCAUCCUGCCCAACUCGAGUCACCUGGAGAGCAUCCUGAGCAAAUACCAGCAUGGGGAGGCUCACUCCAGAUCCAAGAGAGCCAUUCUGUUCUCAGACAGRCAGGAGAUACUGAUGCUCCACAAUAAACUCAGAGGGCAGGUGUAUCCAGUGGCCUCCAACAUGGAACACAUGACCUGGGACGAGGAGUUGGAGCGCUCAGCACACUCUUGGGCUCAGCAGUGCAUUUGGGACCACGGCCCCAGCGACCUCAUCAGGUCCAUUGGGCAGAACCUGGCUGUGCACUGGGGCAGGUAUCGCUCCCCAGCGUUCCACGUGCAGUCUUGGUACGAUGAAGUGAAGGAUUACACAUUCCCAUAUCCCCACGAGUGCAACCCGUGGUGCCCAGACCGCUGCACGGGUGCCAUGUGCACACACUACACCCAGAUAGUCUGGGCCACCACCAACAGGAUUGGCUGUGCCGUGAACGUCUGCAAGCAGAUGAAUGUGUGGGGAGAGAUCUGGGAGAACGCCGUCUACCUGGUGUGCAACUACUCCCCCAAGGGUAAYUGGAUCGGGGAAGCUCCGUACAAGACCGGCCGUCCCUGCUCCGAGUGCCCGCCGAGCUACGGGGGGAGCUGCCAGAACAACCUCUGCUACAAAGAUCACCGUUAUGAGGAUCCCAGCAUUGCUGAGGCAGACGAGACCAACGAGGUGGAGAUCUCGGAGCAGAAGCCAGCACGGUUCCACCCUCAGGAAAACAAAUCCAGCAAACCCAUCAAACCCAAGAAAAUCACCCCAGAAUCCUACAUGAGUAAGACACAGCCCCUGGCUCUUUCAGAUCCUAUCCAUUCUAAGGCAUCUUCAUGUGGAAAGUAUUUGUGCCCAGCUGGCUGCUUGUACAGUAAAGGAAAAAUCUUUGGAACAUUUUAUUACGAGAGUUCCUCAAGCAUCUGUCGGGCUGCCAUCCAUUAUGGGAUCCUGGACAACAAAGGGGGGCUGGUGGAUAUCACCAGGAAAGGGAGGACCCCUGCAUUUGUGAAGUCCACCAGAAACGGCGUGGAGUCCUUCAGGAAAAGCAAACCUUCAAAUGCAUUCAUGGUUUCCAAAGUCACAACRCAGACUCUGGAUUGUUACACCACCGUCGCUGAGCUGUGCCACUUCAAAAAGCCAGCGAGCCACUGCCCAAGGAUUUAUUGCCCUGCUCACUGUAAGGACGAGCCGUCGUACUGGGCGCCCGUGUUCGGCACCAACGUUUAUGCAGAUAGCUCCAGUAUCUGCAAAACUGCAGUGCAUGCAGGGGUCAUUUCGGACGAGACAGGCGGCUUUGUGGACGUGAUGCCCGUGGAAAAGAAGAAAACCUACACUGGCUCCUUAAAGAACGGCRUCCAGUCCGAGAGCUUGAAGAAUCCUUCAGAUGGGAACGCUUUCCGGAUUUUUGCAGUGAAGCAGUAGAUGCCCAGGGAAGGAAGGCACAGAUUUCUUUGGGAGAGCUCUCCGUUGAUCUCCGGAGACGCCGAAGCUCCUCCGAACGGCACCAGCUCUGCCCGUCCCCUCCUUGCCGACCUCCUUCAGGGAAUUCCAAAAGAAAAGGGGAAACAAAACCCCUACCUCCCCCCCAAAACAAAAAAAAAGACCCCAGGUUCUGACUCAGCUGUUGGCAUCUCAUCGCACCCGUGCAGCGUUGUCUCUUCUCGUUGUCUCGUGUUUUUGUUUCUCUAGGGGCAUUCAGCGACCAUGAACUGUUCCAAGUUUCAUUUUGCCAGAGGUGUUGCUACGCAGAACGGCGGUGGCUCCGUGUGCAGCAGGUGUAGGGUUCUCAGCCUGGCCCUGGAUGGUGUUUUUAGGGUGUGGAACAUCUCCUGGGGUGUUUGUGAGGAUGAGCGUGGCCGGGCACACUCGGGAGUGAGCAGCUGUCCAGGCGCUGGGCACUUUGAAAUGAGGAACUCAUUGAGAAGUUGUGUCAUUUAGGGAGAGAAUGGGCUUUGGCAGAGUGGUUUUUGUGAUGUUGGGUGGUUCGUGUGCAAAAGAGGAUAAAUUGUGGUUUUUUUCUCACCGAGGUGGCGUGCAGCUGCACCGCCGUGUGAGGGCACCUCGGACGGUGGUGCUUGGGGAUGUUCUCGGCAGCCAAAAUUCGAGGUCUUGUGGGACUGGGGCUGGGUGUAAAAUGGUGGCAGAGAUCCUCACUGUGAGAAUGAGGCCACCAGAUAACCCAAAGAGCASGUUUGGUGUUUGCUGGUCAAACACUCCCAGGUAUUUUGCAAGUCUGGCAUCCUCUGAGAAGUCAGAGAAUCGGGGCUCCUGUGCUGGCACAUCUCAUCCUAUACUCCACACCAUAACUUCAGUUAAAUGCAGUGUACUGGUUUAUACAGCAGUGCUGGUUGUUUUAUAGUAGUUAAGUAGCAAUAAAAUUAAUMUUAUUUCUGCUAGGAAUGGUUGCAUUCAUAGGAAUGUUCACUUUCCCUUUGUGAAGCUCCUUGUAGUGCGUGCAGUUGUGGGACUUUAAAGAUAUCGAUUGGGGUAGAAUAAUUUUUCCUGUCCAGUUUGUGAAGCCAACAGAUCCCCACUUUCAGUGUAAAUGCAGUCCCUGUGAGCAUUUGAUAUCCAGGACAGUGGGUUUUGCAAAACUCAUAGGUUUUCUAAUGAUGCUAUUCCACAUUUUGAUAUUUAUGUCUUGAGGUGAACCCAAAUGCAUUUCAAAGCCAAGAGAAGGGUUCAGCAUGACCUGCUUUUUUUUAAGGCAGGAGAAUUCCUCUACUUCAUAUUGGAAAUGAAUUUUU